ACGUACCUGGUACAUCGGAGUGGUACAUUGGAGGAGGCAAGUGCUAACAAGAAUCGAAUGGAUGCAUCCAUCUGUCCCGAGCUCCUGCCAGGGAACGCGUGGUUGACAGAAGGAGGCGUGGCACGCCCUAAAACGGCAAACCCUUGGCUGAGGCCGCAUUCACUGCCAUCCACUGCCCUGUGCCAUCAUCGCUGCAGCCCCCAGCCCCAAAAUUCUUCAUUUCCAAGCUUCGAUCUUUUCAUCGAACCACAACACGGGCCGUCGCGCUCUCCAGUCUCAUAUCUGUCCAGAUUUCAUGUCUCCAGUCCUUCUCUUACCUUCUCUUCAUUGCCUGCUUACUUUUUCUUGACACUUCGCAUUCUGUAAUCAUCCAUCUCGCAUCCAUUCCAUCCUUUCGUUCAACAUACUGUCCAUCAUCGCGCAACAGUAAUCAUUGCAUCCUUGUUUGACGCGACUGCAUACACAUAAGUCGGUCCAGCUAUGGAUUUCUCCGGAGUCAAGACCGAGCCGGGUCUGCGAGACCGCCUUCAUGACGAUGCGCAGACCACUGAUGCCCGACCAUCCUACAAGUCGUGGAAGAAGAAGUACCGCAAGAUGCGCAUCACCUUCGAUCAGAGAAUGCGCGAGAGCGAGGAUUUGCAUAGCCUUGAACUCAAAGCCAUGCAAACUGCAAAGCGACUUGCCAUCGAGAACGACCGCUUGAUGGACAUGUUAUUAGACAUCAACGAAUCGCCUCAGAUCCCCUUUGAGAGACGCAUAGACCUGAACCUCGAGGACGAGGAGGAUGAUGAAGACGAUGAGACCGAGAGUGACGACUCGGAUACUACCCAGAAGCCCACCAAGUCUCUUAGGAAGCUCAUUCAAGAGGUGCCGCAUCAGAGCUACGAGGAAUAUGUACAGCGAUUUCCUGAGUUACAAGAAGACUUGGAACCCGAAGAUCCUCAGACUUAUCCAACGUCCUUCCUUUCCGCAGAUGACCUUGAUGAGUAUCUAUAUAAGCUCGAUAUGCGGCUCGGAAUCAAAACAAAGCCAUCUCUAGCACCAUCGGCUCUGGGGACCACCACUGUUACGCCACCGCCCGCAAACUUUGCGUUACGUAACCCUACCAGCGUAUACAACUGGCUAAGACGAAACGCACCUAAAACCUUUUUGCAGGAUCUCGAGAAGGAUAAGGAUAAGGACGACCGUGAGAAAGAAGAUGGUCGUAAACGCAAGGGCGGCGCUUCACGUAAGAGGCAAUCUACAGCUGGUCGCAAAGAGAAAGAGAAAGACACCGCCGAACCAAUGGACUGGGAUGAUGAGGCUGGCUAUGAUGCACCUGCUGCUACCACACUCAAAGGAAAGAGAAAGCGGGACGAUGAUGGCGGAUAUCGACCCAAAGGAGGAUCUAGCCGGCCAACUAAGAAACGGAAGAGUAAGGACUUGAGUGAAAAGCCAGCUAAAACUACCAAGGGGAGGAAAUCACUUGGUUGAGCGUCAUUAAUGGGGUGCCGAUGAAUAUGGGUAUAAUAAUUGUAUUUCUAUCAAUCAUUUCGCAUUGGUAAUGGGGAAUAGAGAAUGGGGAAUUGGGGUCAUCUACGAGCCUCAUACUGGCGUUUGGUUUCAAAAUGGGACACAUGUAUACUACGAGUAUCACAGAUGGGUUUCUUCUGGCUUGUUGACUUCGGACAAUAACAAGGUAUUCAUGAAGUCAGGCAGUUCCAUUACAUCCUCGAUGUUUCUGGCGACGAUAGGCAAUCAUUGUCUUAAGAUUGCUAGUAGAGUCUUUGUGGAUUGGACUUCGCAAUAGAUAUGCUGCGACAGUCCAAUACAAUGUGUCGCCCAACGAUGUAUAAGUGAAGUAUCCAAU